AGCGGAGUGGCCAGCCCACACACGGUGGAUUUUUCUGGUGGAUUCAUUUACAACCCAACACCGAAUCUCGAUCACCCUCCUCCACUAAAGCAACAUGUUCUCCAAGAUCAAGACAUUCUCGGAGGAUAUGGCCAAGAGCCUCAAUGAGCUAUCGCCAGCACAAUCCACCCAAUCGAAUGAUCUCGCCCAAUUACAGAAGGGAUCAAAGGUAUUACAUAAGGUGACACCUGAUGAAAGUGACCUUGUCCAACCACAAGAUGAACCGGAGCCAACGCCGGAACCAAUUACGAAAACAGAAACUACAGAAUCUGACAAAACAGCUACGCCGGAACCAAAACAAGAUGGCUCAGUUGAACCACCAAAAGCAAACACCCCGGAAUCACCCCUCCCCGCUGCCAUCCAAGCCAAACUUCGAAAGUUUGCCAAAUAUGAAGAAAAAUAUCCAAUUUUAUUAAAUGCAUACAAGACAGAAAAGGAAAAGUCAAGAUUGAUUGAAAUAUUCGAAAAGGUCCUCAAGGAAAACACGCCCGUGUCUAGCAUUUCUGACGCCAGCGCCCUCGUGGAAUACCUUAAUGGACUAAACGAAAAAACCAAGCUCUUGAACCAGGAGAUUAGAAAGUUGACGAAGGAAAAUUCAGUCUUGACGUUCAAAGUGGCCAAGUUUGAAGAGAGCAACGCCGAAAUAGUUAAAAAAGAAAAAGAAACCACUGCCAAGAUUGACAACUUGCUGAAACAAGUAACGCUACUCAAAGAAACCAAUGAUAAGCAGGACCAAUCUAUUCAAACCUUGCAAAAAGAUAAUGAAAAGUUGAAUGAAGAAGUAAAGACCAAGUCAAGCGAAGUGGAAAAUCUUCUGGCAGUAAUCAAAGAGAAACAAGGGACCUUGGAAGAGCUGAGCAAGGAAACAGUUUCAGAUGAAGAAGUUCACGAAUUAAAAAAUAAGAUCCAAGCCCUAGAAGAAGAAAUCGAGGAAUUGAAGAAACAAACUAGACCCGAGGAAGAAGAAACAAAAACAAAAUCCGAUGAAGAGGUUGGAGAUUUAAAAACCAAGAUACAAGUACAAGAAGAAGAGAUUGAGCAAUUGAAGAAACAAUUCAAGGAAAUCUCCCAAUUACAAACCCAAGUAGACCAACUCACAAACGAAAACACAGAAUUAGUUGAGAAACUCCGAUCAAUAAAAGAUUCAAUGCAGGAUAAAAACGACGAAAUCAAUGAUUUGCGAGAUCUGUUGAAGGAUUUAGGAAACGAUUUCGUCGCAUCAAAAGAUGAAAUUAAAUCACUCAAGUCCAAACUUGAAACGGAAGAUCUCACACCAACCAUCAAAUCCUUGGAAGAACAACUCAAGAAUAAAUCGUCCGAAUUAGAACAAGUUAGUUCUAAGUUAAGCCAACUUGAAGCUGAAAUUCAAGAGAAGGAGAUCAUGCAUAGGAAAUCAGAACGGGAUCUCAAGAAAGAAAUCGCAUCCGCCAAAAAACAACUCGAUGAAUCAGAAACCAAACUUUCUCAAUCAAAGCAAGAAAUUCAAGUACUCACUACUGAAAAGCAAGCAUUGGAAAAGCGAAUUGAGGAAUUGGCCAAGUUUAAGAGCAAUGACACUUCCCUUAAACUUGAAAUUUCGUCUUUGCAAACAUCAAUCUCUCACAAGGAUAAGGAAUUACGCGAUCAUGAACACAAAGUCGAGAGUUUGAUUAAGGAGAAUAUGGAAUUAAAGGAUUCCAUGAGUAAAUUACAGAUUAGCUCUAGCGAAUUCCAAACCAAUAACAUGGAAUUGCUCAAAGAAAAGAGUGAACUAUUAACCAAGCAAGAAGUCUUGAUUGAUCAAAGUAAGUCGUUGAAUCUGGAAUUAAACAAGUUACAACGGGAGAAACAACAGAUUUCUACAGAAUUAGAUAAGACAAAAACAAAAUAUGACCAUUUAGUCAGGGACAAGACUGACUCGUCAAACACUAUCUUGCUGUAUAAAAAACAACACGAGGAGUUAGUGAUGAAGACUAAAGAGUACGUGCUUAGAAUUGAAGCAUUGGAAGAUGAGGUAUCCGAAGCCAGAAGCUUGUUGCAGGAAAGAAACAGGGAGACUUCAAGCAUUAGACGAUUAUUAGUGGAUGCUGAAGAAUCACUCCGUGCUAAAGAAAUGGAAUCACGUAAUGAAAUGAACAGAUUGAAUGAUGAAAGGCUGGAAUUGGAACGUCUUCACAAUAUUUCUAUCAAUCGGAAACAACGGGAGAUUGAUGAGCUUAAUCUGUUGAUUAAGGAUUACGAGUCGAGAGUAAAGUCCUAUGAACACAGAAUUGAAGAUAUUAAGCGUACAUCGUCGGAAAAUACACCUAAUCCCGUUGAUCCAGGCAUGUCGCAAGAGCUUUCACAGACAGUGGACGCCUUGAGAAAUGCUCUUCAAACAAGUACCAAGAAAGUAAAAGAGUUGGAAAAUAUGAAUAACAUAUUGAAGAAGCUCAAUGAUGAGAAUAAUAUGAAGUUCGAGAGAUUGUCCAAGAACUAUAAACUCUUGACCCAGCAAUAUAGAAGCAUGAAGGAGUUCAACAAGAGACUGUCUGAACCGGAGAUUGUAGCUGUAAAGCCGACCGAAUCUAAAGACGAUACCAAUGUUGCCUACUUGAAGAAUGUGUUACUCGGUUUCUUUGAACAUAAAGAGCAAAGAGAGCAGUUGUUGCCUGUUGUCAAGACUUUGUUUAAUUUUACCCCAGAAGAUGAACAAAAAUUUUUGUUUGCCUUGAAGUAACUGCGAGCAGAGCAGAGCAGAGCAGAGCCGAGAGUUUUUAGCAAAAAGUAGACUAUAUAGAAACAGUAUAGAAUGCAAGAUCCAUUUGAUCAAAAGAAACAAGCGAUACUAGACGAGAUCAGCACCAAUAGCAGCGACAAUCUCGAUGCAUCACCCAAGGGAACCAUUGACGAGAAAUGCAUCCCUAUAAUCAACCUCAUCAACAAAGACCCCAACAUGGUCACCACGUCUUCGUGUUCUGGACGAGUAAGUGUUUUCCUCGAAGGCAAGCACCAGGAGGGACAAAACAAGAUUAUCGCCAAGGGUAAUGAAGGACGGUGGUUGUUUGUGACUCACAACCCUGAAGAUCUUCCCAAGUGGUACGAUGGUGUUGAUUUUAAGUACUUGUGCGACCAGUUCCCUGGUGGGGAGAGCAGAAGUAUAUUAUUUAAGUUUGAACCAUUGAUUCUUCAUGUGAAAUGCAGGGACUUGAAUCAAGCCAGCAAGUUGUACACUGUUGCCAUGAAUUGUGGAUUUAGAGAAAGUGGUAUUGGAAGUAAUUAUAAUGUUGCUAUUCGAAUCAGUAUCAAGUUGGAUAUACCUAUUGGGUAUGGGAAUGACCUGGAAGAGCUUGUUAGCUUUGUGUCUAAGGAGUACUUGGAGUAUGCUACUAAGUUGUCUUAUGAAAGAUUUACUGAGAAUUUCAAAAAGAUGAAUCAAUUGUAUGAUGCCAUUGACAAGAUGAUGUCAUCUGGUGAUCAGCAAAAGGUCAAGGACAAGGAAACCAAGGAAGAAAGAAGAGAGAGGAAAAUACGAGAGGGCCUUCAAAGACAACAGGAGUUGAAGCAGAAACAGCAACAACAACAACAACAAGAAGAAGAAGAACGCACUGAAUAGAAGUUUAUAAGUAGUUGUAGUUAGUCAUAGAUCGUGUGUUUGCACCCUGAAAAUUCUCACCCUUGAUU